CAACAGCCCACAAGCAAUGAAACCAUGACCUUUACUCACCUCAUAUAAUUUUGAUUACCGAUCUACAACCAUGAGCUCUCCAAUCUCCCCACACCUCCUCCCCACCCUCUUCGCCUCCCUCGCCCGCACUCCGCGCUGGACCCUCCGCCGAACCCUCCAAAGCGACAACCCGCUCGACCUCCACGGCGACCUCCACGGCGAAGCCUCCUUCAGACCUCUCCCCGCCACGGCCGGCACCACCGCAGCCAGCACCACCAGAACCACAACCACAGAAACAACAACAACAAUAACAACCACAACCCAAACUCUCUACACCGAAUCCGGCACCCUCCCCGCAACCCUCGGCGCCAAUCUCCGCUGGACAAAAUCCUACAUCUGGCGGCUGAGUCCCGAAGGCCGGAUCAGCGUGUGGUUUGUGAAAGUCACCAAGGACGCGGACGUCAACCCGGAAGCGGACUAUCUCUUUCACGAGGUUGAGUUUGAGGUGGAUGGUGUUGGUGGUGGGACCGCUUCGGAUCCUGUCGCGGAGGGUGAUCAUGGCACAAACGAUCAGACAUAUGUGACGCCUCCGGUGCCGCCAGAAGCACCACAGUCCCUAUCACCAUCAGAGGCGGCGACAGUGGUGUUGACGGCGAGGGGGAAUCAUCUCUGCAUUAAGGAUAUGUAUCGCACGGCGUAUGCGUUUCGGGUGCGCGCGGAGACAGGGGAGGUGGUUAGUUGGGCUAGUAGGCAUGUGGUCAAGGGGCCGAAGAAGGAUCAGGAUAUUGUGAAUCUGUAUUCGGUGGGGUGAGGCUGGCUGUAGGGAGGCUUAGGUCGAGAUAGUUGUCAGACCUAGAGGAUCCAUACAACUCGUCACUAACGCGUAGAAAAGAUUGGUUUGGGCACUACAUGAGGGGUAAAGAGGCGCCAAAAGGGCUUGACUUUAGUGUUUUCGAUGCACUGUCUGAUCCCGGACAAUG